AUGCUGACAAGGAUUAUAUUCGUUAACGGCGAGCGGUUGGGUAACAUUUAUGGUGUAACUCGCAGUGGUGCUACAGCAGCAACUAUUCGAUCUGUUUCAAUGGUGAAACGGAAUAUGGCAACGGCAAUCCGUAAGGAACGUGACACUUUUGGCGAAUUACAAGUACCGGCGGACCGUUAUUAUGGAGCGCAAACUGCAAGAUCAAUGAUGAAUUUUAAAAUUGGUGGUCCAGAAGAGCGUAUGCCGUUACCGGUUAUUCACGCAUUCGGCAUCCUAAAAAAGGCCGCUGCAUUAGUUAAUAAGGAAUACGGUUUGGAUCAAAAAAUUGUGGACGCUAUUUCAAAAGCUGCAGAUGAAGUUAUUGCGGGAAAGCUGGACGAUCAUUUCCCACUGGUGAUUUGGCAAACUGGAUCUGGUACGCAAUCGAACAUGAACGUCAAUGAAGUGAUAUCGAAUCGAGCAAUUGAAAUGUUAGGUGGCGAGUUGGGAUCUAAAAAACCAGUGCAUCCGAAUGAUCAUGUGAACAUGUCGCAGUCAUCGAAUGAUACUUUUCCGACGGCAAUGCAUAUCGCUGUGGCUAGAGAACUGAAUUCUCGUCUACUGCCAUCUCUACAACAACUACUUGAUUCGCUACGCCGAAAAUCAAAAGAGUUUGAAAACAUCAUCAAAAUUGGGCGUACACAUACUCAGGAUGCAGUACCACUUACGCUUGGUCAAGAAUUUGGUGGUUAUGCGCAGCAGGUAGAAAAUGGUAUAGCACGCGUGAAGGAUACGCUAUCGCGCUUGUAUAUGCUUGCUGCUGGUGGUACUGCUGUUGGUACGGGUCUCAAUACACGAAUUGGUUUCGCUGAAAAAAUUGCCACGAAAAUUGCCGAACUGACUGGUUUACCAUUUGUUACAGCUCCAAACAAAUUUGAAGCGUUAGCAGCCCAUGAUGCAAUGGUGGAGGUGCAUGGUGCUUUAAAUACUAUUGCGGCAAGUUUGAUGAAAAUUGCGAAUGAUAUACGUUUCCUUGGCUCUGGUCCACGUUGUGGUCUUGGAGAAUUAUCGUUACCUGAAAACGAGCCUGGAAGUUCCAUUAUGCCAGGCAAGGUAAAUCCGACACAGUGCGAAGCUGUUACCAUGGUUGCUGCUCAGGUUUUCGGUAAUCAGGUUGCAGUUACCGUUGGUGGCUCAAAUGGACAUUUUGAAUUAAAUGUGUUCAAGCCGAUGAUUGUUCACAAUGUUCUCCAAUCGACCCGACUCAUUGCUGAUGCAUCUGUAUCAUUUACAGUUAACUGUGUCGACGGUAUCAAAGCAAAUAAGGAGAACAUCGCUAAGAUUUUACGUGAAUCGUUAAUGUUGGUGACGGCGCUUAAUCCUCACAUCGGUUAUGACAAUGCUGCAAAAAUUGCCAAAACAGCUCAUAAGAAUGGUACCACUCUGAAGGAAGAAGCUAUAAAAUUAGGCAUUUUGACAUCCGAGCAAUUCGACGAGUGGGUACGACCGGAAACAAUGUUAGCACCCAAAUAA